CGUCCCGAUGGCCAACCGCUCGCAGUGCCUGGAGGACGCCCCCUUCCGCGCCUGGGACCCCCGCGCCCCGCCGCCUCCUCCGUACAGCGAGGCGCAGCGCCUGGCCCUGGAGGAGCUGGUGGGCGGCGGAGGGAGGGCGGCCUUCGUGGCUUUCCUGCGGCGGGAGAAGCUGCGCCCGUUCCUCUCGGAGCCCGAGAUCCAGGGCCUCCUCCGCAGCGCCCGCCCUCCGCCGCCGCCGCCGCCGGAGGAGAGCCUGGCCUCGCAGGAGCGGCUGAACGCCUCCUCCUCCUCCCUGGACUGCUCCUCGCUCACCUACUUCCCGCUGCAGUCCGACGCGGAGCCUCCGGUGCUGGAGCUCGGGUGGCCGGGCUUCGUCAGCGGGUCCUUCCGGGGACUCACCCGCGUCGAGACCUACUUCCAGCCCAGCUUCGGGGAGAGCGUCUACCCCUGCAAGGAGGCCGUCCGCAGGCAGAUCCGCUCCGCCAAAGAGGUUAUUGCUAUAGUCAUGGACUCCUUCACAGACCUGGACAUUUUUGGUGAUCUCCAAGAAGCAUGUAGAAAAAGGCUGGUUCCAGUCUAUAUUCUUUUGGAUCAGGCAUUUCUUACUCAUUUCAUGGCAAUGUGCAGAAAUCUAGAAUUCUGUCCUGAACAGGAAAAUCUGAUGAGAGUCCGAACAAUUACAGGCAACACUUAUUAUGCAAGAUCAGGAGCCAAGAUAAUAGGGAGUGUUCAUGAGAAGUUCAUGUUGGUUGAUGGUGUAAGAGUAACUACAGGCUCCUACAGUUUCACAUGGACUGAUGGGAAGUUAAAUAGCAGUAACUUGUUGCUACUCUCAGGUCAAGUGGUUGAACAUUUUGACUUGGAGUUCCGGAUCCUUUAUGCACAAUCAAAGCCUAUUGACUCAAAGCUACCAUCCAGCUGCAGGAACAGUGGUGCCCACGAACAUAUAGCUAACAAAACAACACCUUGCAAAGAUUUCACUGUGGGUAACCUUCUGAGAGCUGAGUUUGCCAGGCUUUCAAGCAGUCCUCAAAAGCUUGAGCGAGAGCUGCUACUAGCUAAAGAGCUCCAAGGGUUAACUCAAAGGGGUAAUGCUAAACGCCCACACCUUAGUAGUGAGGAAGACCUACACAAUGCUCCUGAAGCCUUAGCAAAGCCUAAAGAGACAGUCAGUCUGUCAACUCAGACUGAACCAUUGGAAGAGAAGCCCAUGACAGCACUCUUUAGUUGUGCCACACAAACCAGUAUUUCAGUGGCAACUGCGACCACACAGACAACAACUCGCUCCAGAAUGGUGGGCACACAGACAACUGUUCUGUUCAAGACUGCCACAACACAAACAGACCAGAAGCCAGCUGUGGAAGUGGCUGCGGAUCAGACUGUACCUGAGCAGAGACCUCCUGAUCAGAGAGUGCCUUCUAAAGAAGGAUCUCCUGUUUCUAGGAAGUCCACAUCAACUUCUUCUAGUGGGUGGUCAGUUUCUUCCUUGUCUUCCCAGUGCUCUCGGGCAAGUUCUGCUGGUUCACUGUCAUCCCUUAGAUCCAUGGACUACUCUGUCAACCAUCGGGGAGACUAUUUCCGCAAACAAAACAAGGAGAGGGAGUUCCACUAUUCUGUCAUCCGGUGCAAACUUAACCACAUGGUUUCCAUGCUCUCCAGGAGGGGGAACAUUGCUGACAACUACAUAGCUUGCCAUCCCAUGAGGUGCAACUUAAAACCUAGGCACCAAAUCAGCACGAGCUUAAUAAACCUCCGGGAUUUUGCACUGUAUACAUCAAAUGACUGUUUCUGAGAAGUAGAGGAAUGGAAGACCUGGUGCACAUAAAGUAGCUGCUAUAUUAGAGUUGUUAGAAUGAAAACUGGAGAGGGCUCUUGUACCUAUAACAGUUGUGUAAAAGAAGGAAUUUCAGCAGGUGUCAUGUCACACAACCAGGUAAAAAGAAACACCUGCUAAAAUAUCCUCUUCUUUUCACUCUGGCAAUCAUGUGCUAUGUGGAUUCUGCUUUUUUUUAAUGAUGCUCACCACCAAACCCACAUUUUUUUGUUUUGCUACAAAGCAAGAGGAGGGAACUUCUAAUCUAUGGACUUAAUCUGGCAUGUGAAGGGUCUGGAUCCCCUGCCUUCAGGACCUCUGAGGGAUACCACUCUCGUGAAGCCCUACCCCCUCUGAAAUUUCCCUGCUUUCUUCUUCUCACUAUUGGAAAUGAGCAGGGAUUAUUCCCCACUAAGCUCAUUUUCCCCAUUUGGAAGACAAGUCAGGUGGGGAGAAAGGUUUUCAGGGUUUGCUAUGGUACAGAGAAAACAGUCAUUAUGCAAGCUGAGCCAGUAUGGCUUGUGGUAUGAUGACAGCCAUGAUAGGAAAAUUCCCUUAUAAUUUUUCUCAGGCCCUGUGCAGACCUGCACUUUGGGCCAGCCUGGGGGCAGAGUCAGGGCGUAGCGUCUACAAGACAUAUGCCCCAGCUCCGCUCCCAGGGUGCCGUAAUGCUGUAUGCUGCACCGCACGUGCACAAUGUCAGUGUUCCUCCAGCGCUGCAUCCUCACGACACAGCGCCAAAGGAGUGCCAUAAAGCCGCGGCUAUCACGCCUUUCCAGGGCACAAAAAAGGAUCUGCUUUUGGGGUGUAAAAGAUGUGGUUCCAUGCUGACCCUUCAGGGCUGUCUGUACAGUCCCUCAGUGGCAUAUUUUCUGUGUGUAUCAUUUGUUUAAUGUGUUUUUGAAUUUUUGGUAGCUUAUGGAUUUUAUUUUCUGGUGUACAUUUCUUUAUUUGACUUUUUCCCUCUUCUCUAAGUGGUACAGCAAUCUUUUCCAAUCCAUGAAGCCCAUGAGAUUUUUAAUCCCCCAAAGUGCCUGCCAAUAUUGGUUUGUUUUUGUUGGUUUUUUUGCCCAUGAAAAUACAUUUUAACUAAUAGUGGUAUGGGUUAAGGAACAGUUAAUGAACAGCGUAUGCAACUCUUUCCAGUUCCUCAUUGCUUUUUUUUCAGUAACAAAGGCAUAUCUUAACAUUAAAAGAUGGGGCAAUUUUCCCAUCUGAGUCUAGCUGUUUUUACUGUCUCUUUGUCACAGUUAUGUAUGUUGAUGAAUUUAACUUUGAAAAUAAAACAUUGUCCAAAAGAAAUAACUUUGGGAAAGUUGUACUCUGGAAU